CUUUCUCAGCCCAUCUUCCAACAAAAAGCAGUGGCGACUUUUGCAUAAACCAAACUAGGAAUCAAAUUGGAAGAGAGGAAAAAAAUGGUGGACUUGGCUAGGGUUCAAAAGGAGCUCCAUGAAUGCAACAGAGAUGUUCAGGUUUCUGGAAUUAAUGUUACCCUUAAAGGUGACAGUCUCACUCACUUGAUUGGUACAAUCCCUGGUCCUGUUGGUACUCCUUACGAAGGCGGUACUUUCAAGAUCGAUAUCACUCUUACUGAUGGCUACCCAUUUGAGCCUCCAAAAAUGAAAUUCGCCACAAAAGUUUGGCAUCCCAACAUAAGUAGUCAAAGUGGAGCAAUAUGCCUAGACAUCCUGAAGGACCAGUGGAGCCCAGCGCUAACUCUCAAGACAGCUCUCCUUUCUAUACAAGCAUUACUUUCUGCUCCUGAACCUGAUGAUCCACAAGAUGCAGUUGUUGCACAACAGUAUCUUAGAGACCAUCAGACCUUUGUCGGCACAGCUCGUUACUGGACUGAAACUUUUGCAAAAACAUCCACACUUGCCGCAGACGAGAAGAUACAAAAGCUUGUGGAAAUGGGCUUUCCUGAAGCUCAAGUGAGGAGUACUUUGGAAGCAAAUGGUUGGGAUGAAAACAUGGCACUUGAAAAGCUGUUGUCCAGCUAGAACCCUUCUACUGCAACUCAUAUUUUGAUAAGACAAUUAUAGCCUUCCAGCAAAAGCUGAUGACCAGAAUAGAGUCACUCAGUUAAUACUGUUGCUUGGCAAUCUUGUUUCCGUCUCCUUUAUGGUUUGCUGUUGACAUC